AUGAGUGCAACACACCUGUGGGUGCACAACAUAUUGGAGAAGAAAGCCGAGGCUGAUCGGAUUGUUUUCGAGGAUCCAGAUCCCGAUACUGGUUUUGUUUUGUUGCCCGAUUUCAAGUGGGAUCAAAAGCAGCUACAAGACCUGUAUUUGAUUGCUAUCGUCCACCGGAGGGAUGUUAAAAGUUUAAGGGAUCUUACAUCAGAGCACCUGCCGUUACUCACAAACAUUCGCAGUAAAGGAGAGGACGCCAUUCAGCAGCAGUACGGCAUCCCUCAGAGGAAACUGCGCAUGUAUCUCCACUAUCAGCCAUCAUACUAUCACCUCCACGUCCAUUUCACCUCUCUUGAGUUCGACGCUCCAGGUUGUAGAGUGGAAAGAGCCCACUUGCUUUCUGAUGUCAUUCAGAACUUGCAGGCAGAUUCCAGUUACUAUCGCAACCGCAGCCUGGCGUUCCCGCUGCGGGCCGAUGAUGGUUUGCUCCUCAGGUUUAAAGAGGCUGGGAAACUCUAGAGACCUGAUUUUUGGGAACCUUUUUUAUUUUAUAAAUGUUAAGUACCUG